AUGGAGACAGAUGACGACUUGUUCGCCGAACUGCUCGCCGCCGAAAUGGAAAGGACGAACGUACUCGCAGUUGAGAACUGUGGGUUUGUCCUCCAAAGCGGGGCAAUGAAUUCUGCUCCCGAUCCGGCAGACACGAAUAGGAUUGGAGGAACUGGUCAACUGGUGCCCCAACGGUUGAGAGUGGACUUAUCGUCUCCCCCUCACGGUGCGUUGUCGCGGGUUACGAGAUCUGGUGGGAAGGACAGUAAUGUCGGCACGAGGCAGUGGGAAGCAAAGGAUACAAACGAACUGUUGUCCUCGUACACCACGAAGGGAAGCGGUUGCCACAAAGAGACGUGCGCGUGGAGAAGGGCGACGUACCUUUCAGACACAGGAGGAAACGAAGACGAGUUGCUCAUAGAAACCCUACUACAGCUUGCGAAUGAAAAGAUCUCAUCAUCUGCUGAACGGGAAAGUGGGGUGCAACCGCCUUCGGUCUUUAUGGGUGUCACCUCUGCGGCAAGUACGAAGGGCAGCGGCCAAGUGGUCCCGGCGUCCUCUGCAGACCCGCUGGAUGACGCAGUGUUUUGGGCUGCGCUUCCAAGCGGGCCGCCCGCAACUACUGCCGGAGUUGCAUCAACCUCUGCGCAAUCAAUCGGAAUGGGUGCAGGACCAAGGAGCGCCUCGUCUAUCGCACCUCAAAAUGGACAUUGUCAAGAAAACGACGCACAAGUGCUUACCGCUGUAUUGGAUGCCCUCGCCGAUGGCCAGUCCAGCGUUAGCGGUGACUUUCUAAGUGAAGAGGACUGCAACAUGGAUGAAUUGCUGGAGCGCGCAGAGCACGUCGCUGCCUCGGCAAUCCGUGUAGAAGGGAAAAAGGGAGUCCGCCUGGUGCGUAUCCACGAGCACGUGGGUAUGCGGGAGGAGCUUCAUGGAAACAGAGAAAUCGUGGGAUGGCCUUCCUGCGUGUGCGCUCGCCCCUCUCCUUUCGACAAAAACGCCCAGGAGUGCACCAAAACCGUCUCGCCACCUGCACCGAGAAGAGUGACACUGUGUGUUGGAACUACGCUAGGCUUUGUUUUGCUUUUCGACGAAAGGCGCCGACCCAUCGGUAAAUUCGGUCCGCCAAACUCCAUACUUACCACUCUAUCAAAACCACUAGGGGCUGUCGUCUCAAUUUCGUUGUCUCACGAGGCGUCGACGAUGGCAGUGGGCUAUCAGCAUGGCACCGUUAAGAUGGUAGAAGCGAGCUCGCUAUCUACGCUUCGUGAAGUUACCGAUGAAUUCACCACUCCAAUCAUCCGAUUACGUCAUUGCCAGGAGGAGGCCUUUCGGAUUCUUGCGUUGGGAAGUUGUGGCAGUAUCAAACUGCUCUCCUUCUCGCGCGUUUUGGGCAUGAUGAGUCACCGUGUGGUGAAAGUUGCUUCUCCCGGAGGAAGCGCACCUUUCAGCGAUGUGGACCUUGUAUUUAUGAAGGAGGACAGAGUUCACGUCGUGGCUGCAGCUUCAUUUGAAGUAUUAGUUGUCCUUGCAGUGGACUGCGGAGCACAAGGUGUCGUUACGCCACUAUAUAAACGAAAGCAACAAACAAAAGGCACUAGGCACCAUUUACAACUUCAGUUUGUACCAGUGCCACUGGAGCACGAGCUUCUUCUUUGCCUCGUGCAGAACACGGAUGUGGAAGUGUUUAGGGUGGCGAAUGGUGGCGUUGUGACAGACGUGCAGAAAAUCACAGGCGCGCGUCUUGAAAGGUCACUGCGCGCAAUGACUCACAUGGAUAGUUGUUGUCUUUUCCUUGAUGAAGACAACUUCCUACACCUUUUUGACGUCAGCGCAGGUGUCGUUGUGGAGUCCCAGCAAAUGCACGAAUUGGAACCAGCGUAUUUUUCCACCGAUGGCCGUACGAAUCGCUGCAAUGCAGCACUUACGUGUAGCGGAAGAAAUGCCCUCAUUUUGGGGCGGACCACCGCCUUCAGCUGCACGUUGAUGUCAUGGUGGGAGCGCCUAGACGACUUAGUUAGCAAAAAUAGGUUCCUCGAAGCACUGGAUCAGCUAAAGGACUUCGCUCUCAAUGUCGCCCUUGCCGUCUCGGGUCUGGAAAGUGACCCAGUGGCGCGUCGCACUAGCAUUCAUGCCUACCUUUCCAUACUUGCUAAUAAGUUCCUCGCGUACAUCUUGAAGACAGCGAAUUCCACGUCUUUUAUUGUUGGGAGUAUCACUUGCCUUAUUAAAGCCUGUGCAGAUGUUGAUGCAAUGCAUGUGUUUUUUGACUCCUCAAUGGUGUACCUGCGUGAUGCCAAAGGCAGCGGUGCGCUCGCACUCUACGCUCUUGGGCACUGCAUCAAUUCGGGGGUGGUGACCUUCCUGCCGGAAGCCUACGUAGAGCCUCUUUUUACUCUUCUCGCGGACGAUGAAUCGGAUAUUGCGUUGGAGGUAUUGCACACACUAACCACACAGGGGGAGGGGGAACCCCUUCAUGGAGUGUCGCGAGCGGAACGGGUGCUGAUGAAGCUGGAAGGGGGUCACGAGUGUCUUUUGCCCCUCUCCGAGAAGUACAACUUGGUUCGUCUAAAGGUUUUCAUUCUCUGUCGCUGGCACCAUGGAUAUGCAGAUGCGCUCCAGUACGCCCUGAGAGAGUGGCGCCGCGUGAACAAAGUUAACGGAAGGGACAAUGAGGUAGCAGUUGACCUUUUUGAGUGCACUAUGAGAGGGGCCACCGUCAUGGAUGGCGUUCAUAUUCCCGAGCAGUGCUGGCGUGAGGCAAAGGGGCAAAUGUGGAGGCACCUGCUUAACACACCAGGUGAGUUCGAAACGCUUCUUCGUGUAAAUGCUGAGCGUGUUGUGAUGGUUACGCUGCCCAUUUUGCAGGAAAGUGGACCAUAUUCGCCAUGGAGUAAUCCAGAGGAGCGAGACGACUGCGCCGCCCAGCUUCUUUUACACCUCGCUGGGGUGGACUUUGCAUCUGGGAAACCGUUUAGGCCAUGGGAACUGGUGCAGCGCGACUGGCCGCCGUACUCGGUUGUGCAACAACUUUUCGCAGGGAUCAUACACCUCGUUUUGGGUGGUGCAGUGGUGCUGACUCCAGUGCAGUUAUUCUUUGAUCACGCCUGUACGCAUCUAAUAUAUCAGUUCCAAAUGGCCAGGGACAAUGUGCAGAGGCGCAGUGCGCAGACGGACGUGAUAGCACUUCUUACCAGCCCACACAUGGAAGGACUUAACUUCGCAUUUGUCGAGGCAGCGCUACAUCAGCAACGAAUGGGCCGUGCCUUGGCAGAACUUCAUUACAUUCGUGGGGAGUUGGCCGAGGCCAUCGAGUGCUACCUUUGUAAAGAAUACAACCGUUUUGACGCUACACUUGCCAAAGACGUGUUCAACUUUAUCUGGAGGGUAAGCCGCAUAGAAGGUGAAGGAAAGAGGGAACGGAGCAGGCGGCUCCGCGAUGCCGUGAUGCAUCACAUUGCUGCACUAGCUGACGCAGACCCCACAGCACUAGCGCGGUUUGUGUUUGAGCACCUUCGUGAUGACCACGAGGAGGUGAUGAGCAUUAUCCGCAAGUCUAGUAAGACAUUUCUCCGCUAUAUUGACGAGUUGGUUGCGAAAGCAGAGCCAAAAGUUCUGGGGGAUGUAAUGCUGCAAAACGCGUAUAUUGGCCUUCUUUGCUCUGAAGAUCCGGAGCGGGUGUAUCCGUACAUGCGGGCAUACGAGGCCGCGUUGGCUUACGACUGCGACACUGUCUUAUGCUCCAUGAAGAAGUACAAGGUGAUUGACGCCGCCGUUUACUUGCUCGAAAAGAGGUUCCGCGUUGAGGAAGCCGUUGAAGUGUUGAUGGACGCCAUUACAAGUAAACUUCAUGAGGUGCAGUUGGAGCUUAUACGCGAGGUCCAGUCUCCAGAGAUGAGAAACGGAAGUUUUGUAUCAGGUUCCGCACAACGCAAGCAUUCGUCUCCACAGCGCCAAACCAUAAGAGCAGCUCAAUCGGGGUCCUGUGAGGAGGCUCUUCAACACGUGGUGAGGCACGCAGUUGAUCUAUGCGCUAGGCAUUACGCCGCGGAGGAAGCUCGGUCGUAUAAGGUGUGGAUGACAUUGUUUGGUCAUUUCGCAAGUCCGCAAAGAAGUCUAGGCGACUGUCUAGAACGGGAGGGAGCGCUGCAAGAAUCAGGUUCCAUCUCCGAAGCUCUUGACGAAAGAAACGGAGGCCCCGCGGAGUUCGGGGGCUCAACGAAGAAGUCUGGUACACCGUUAAGCCUUACGCCCGAAGAGCGUUCCAUUGUGGUUAAGAGAUUGCUUCCCUUAUUCACCGAUUACGCGUCAUACAUCUUGAUGUGUAUGAUCAAGGUGCUCAACCUUGCCGACGUUAUUACAUUCAUCGUGGGAAGUUGCAAGAGGGAGGGUUUAAAAACUCUUGAGUCGAUAAUUUCCCGUACGGUGGGUUCGCUGCGAUUUGAGUGCGAAGUUAACGAAAUUUGCAAUGAUUCCCUUCAGCAGGAUGCUAUAAAUUUAAGCAGGGAACAUUACCGCCGCUUAAAUAUGGGUGUGAUGCCCGUGGCCAACAUGUGUUAUGUGUGCGGUGGGGACCUUAACUUUGCUCGUGGCGUGGGGGCCGAAACAGCCGUGAGGAUAUACGCAUGCGGUCACGCGUAUCAUGAGAAAUGUAUUGUGGGUGGUGCUAGUGAACACCUAGGCAAUACGUGUAUCCAGUGCAGCAGGUCGCGAUCAGGUGUUGUUAAUUCAUCAGCGCUGAAUAUGGGAGUAGUCCAACUGGGCGAGGGCAUCCCUGGAAAUGUUGGACCCAACCAACGCGGCUGUCACUUAGAGGAGGAAGAAGAAGAGGGUGGGGAAGCCGCGGAAGUUGACAACCCACAGAUGAUUUUGCGGAGGUUAAGGCAAACACGAGCGAAGAUGAGCUGGUCUCGGGAAUGCAGAAACAGGAUACAAAGUUUCCUCCGCAAGAAAUGUGGUGAACAGGAAACUCUUUCCAUGGCUCCAACGGUGGAGAGGCCUCUUGUAGUGUUACCGGGCGUCACUGGCACAACCUCAGCGGCCGCAUCGGAAGAAGGGCCAGAAGCCUUGCCAGAAGUGGACAACGCGCUUCCAAUGACACUGACUGAUGAGGAGGUUCUCGAGUUAUUCGACACCUGA